AUGCUGUCUUUUCUCUCUCAUGCACAAAUGCUCGAAUCUUUCUCUUUCUCUAUCUAUCUAUCUAUCUAUCUAUCUAUCUAUCUAUCUAUCUAUCUAUCUAUCUAUCUAUCUCACAUUCAUACGCAAAAUCAAUCUAUCUAUCUAUCUAUCUAUCUAUCUAUCUAUCUAUCUAAUUUAAAUUCAUCGUCCAAUUCUUUAUUUUCUUCUAAAGUUUGUUUUCACACUCUGUUAAUUUUAUUCUUUCAUUUCUCUCCUCUUCUUAUCGUCUUUUACUUUUUGCCUCUGCAUUUUCUUCCUCCUUUAAAAUUAACUCACAUCGACACUUCCCAUUCCUUUAGCUUCUCUUUUUCUUUUUUCACUACUCACCUUUUUAUCCCCUUUCACUCUUCCUUUUACUUUCUUUCUUUCUCCUUUUCUUUCCGCUUUCCCGCUAUUUCUUUCCGUCUACAUGCCAUUUCAUCAGGCCCUCUCUUCUUCAUUUUAGCCCCUCUAAUCCCUUGCUCUGCUAGCGUCUUUCCACAGCCUGCAACCCCCCUCCAUCUUUUACGCGUUCUCAUUCUCCACGCCAACAAGCUCAUCCUUAGUCAAUUACACCUUUCUUCCUUCAAAUAUCUCAUCACUUUCUCACUUGAUUUAUCUAUCUAUCUAUCUAUCUAUCUAUCUAUCUAUCUAUCUAUCUAUCUAUGUGUUCGUACAUAUACACCAAAACAAUCAUCGAGACGCAUUUUUAAAUAUACGCAAUCAUGUUCUUUAACGCGCUCGAUGAACACACUUAAACAUAUCUUUUGCUAUCUAUCUAUCUAUCUAUCUAUCUAUCUAUCUAUCUAUCUAUCUAUCUAA